AUCUCUACUCGUGAGACCAGAAACGUCUGCAGUGGGACUCCAAUGCCGUGUUGAAAGUCUAAAAUCGAACAGAUCUCUUUUUCUCCUGUGUAGAGAUAGAAAGAGAGAUUCGUUCGAUUUUCGGCUUCGAAACAGCAUUAAAGUCGCACUGCAGAAUACAACUAAUCUGUACAUAAAUGAUGUAUAGUCAGUGUACUUCGUUUAGUAUUCCGUAGUAAUAAAAACUAUAUUUCAGUAGUAGUUUUGCUGUGAGAAUUUAGAAUUGAAAAUGAGUUUCUUCAAAAUAUUUGGUGGGAAGAAGGAAGUUGCAGCUCCAUCCACUGCUGAAGCAAUACAAAAAUUACGCGAAACAGAAGAAAUGCUGAUAAAAAAACAAGACUUUCUGGAAGGAAAAAUAGAUCUUGAAAUACAAUUGGCUAAAAAGCACGGUUCAAAAAAUAAACGAGCUGCCAUCCAAGCCCUAAAAAGGAAAAAGCGUUAUGAAAAACAGCUACAGCAAAUUGACGGAACAUUAUCCACUAUCGAGAUGCAGAGGGAAGCACUGGAAAGUGCUAACACAAAUACUGCUGUACUUACAACAAUGAAGAGUGCAGCAGAUGCUCUAAAAGCUGCACAUCAACACAUGGAUGUUGACAAAGUGCAUGAUAUGAUGGAUGACAUAGCAGAGCAACAAGAUGUUGCACGCGAAAUUUCAGAUGCAAUUUCUAAUCCUGUUGCAUUUGGUCAAGAUAUAGACGAAGAUGAAUUAGAAAAGGAACUAGAGGAACUGGAACAAGAGCAGCUUGAUAAAGAGUUGCUUGGAAUUGAGAGCACCGAUGAACUUCCUGCCGUUCCAGCAGCUGCACUACCUACAGUACCAACCAAAGAUCGUUCAAUUGCAGUCGACUGUGAAAUUACUACGUCCGAAGAUGGAAAUUAUUCGAACGGCGUGAGACAUAGUAAAUUUACGUAAGGUGAUAAACUUACUUGGGUUGUUAUGUAUACGAAAGUCUAUGUAAACUUUGACGACGUGUCUUUUUCUAUCGCGAGGGAGUAAGUCCGCACGGAUGACCGCCGCAAAAUUAUUUGCAGGACGUAAAUUUGAACCAUUUGGAUCCAUCGAGUGCAAGUCGUGCCAAACGAUGAGUUCCGGAGACGCCCGAACGACCUUUUGCCAUUUGGUGCGCAUUUAGUUUUUUUUG